AUGGCAGAAAAGCUGCAUUACUCUCCCCUAACGUUCCCAACCAUCGACGAAUGCAAAUCCAUCGGCCGCGAAAAGGACACCGUCGUGGCCGACAUGGACGGCACGUUGCUCACCGGACGAAGUUCGUUUCCUUACUUUGCUCUUGUCGCGUUCGAAGUCGGAGGAGUUCUCCGGCUCCUCCUCCUGCUCUUGGCUUCUCCGGUCGUCGGAAUCCUCUAUUACCUCAUCUCCGAAUCCGCCGGAAUCCGCGUCCUCAUCUUCGCCACCUUCGCCGGCAUGCGAGCCUCCGACAUCGAAUUGGUCGCCCGCGCCGUCCUCCCGAAGUUCUACUCCGGCGACUUGCAUCCCGACACGUGGCGGGUCUUCUCCUCGUGCGGGAAACGCUGCGUUUUGACGGCGAACCCCAAGAUCAUGGUGGAAUCAUUUCUGAAAGACUAUUUAGGCGCCGACAUGGUUCUCGGAACGGAGAUACACGUUUACAGAGGCAGAGCCACUGGUUUGGUUAAAACUCCCGGAGUUCUGGUCGGGAAAAACAAGGCUCACGCGCUCCGCAAAGCGUUUUCCCAUGCGCCGCCUCCAGAUAUUGGAAUUGGCGACCGGAGAACCGAUUUUCCGUUCAUGUCAUUGUGCAAAGAGAGCUACGUCGUUACCCCAAAUCCCGAACUCCAGCCCGUAAGCCACGAGAAGCUUCCGAAACCUGUAGUUUUCCACGACGGCCGUUUGGUUCAAAAACCAACGCCAUUUAUGGCUCUACUCAUUAUUCUCUGGAUUCCGAUCGGGUUUUUGUUAGCUUGCUUGCGAAUCGCCGCUGGUUCUUUACUCCCGAUGCCGAUCGUGUACUACGUCUUUUGGGCCUUAGGCGUCCGGGUCCAUAUAAAAGGAAGCCCACCUCCCCAGGCCCAGAAAUCCACGGGCCGGAGUGGAGUCCUCUUCAUCUGCUCCCACCGGACCCUCCUCGACCCAGUCUUCCUCUCGGCGGCUCUAGGCCGUCCAAUCCCCGCCGUCACGUACUCCCUCUCGCGGCUCUCCGAAAUCAUAUCUCCGAUAACGACUGUUCGGCUGAGCCGCGACCGAGACACCGACGCCGCCAUGAUAAAGAAGCUUCUAGAAGAAGGGGACCUGGUUAUAUGCCCGGAGGGGACCACGUGUCGCGAGCCGUUCCUGCUGAGAUUCUCGGCGCUGUUCGCGGAGCUGACGGACGAGCUCGUCCCCGUGGCGAUGGCGAGCAGGAUGGGGAUAUUCCACGGGACAACAGUGAGGGGGUGGAAGGGGAUGGACCCGUUCUACUUCUUCAUGAACCCUAGCCCGGCGUACGAGGUGAUAUUCUUGGAGAAGUUGCCGUACGAGAUGACGUGUGGGGCCGGGAAGAAGGCGCAGUACGAGGUUGCGAAUUACGUGCAGAGGCUGAUAGCCGCGAGCUUGUCGUACGAGUGCACCGGCUUCACCAGGAAGGACAAGUACCGGGCGCUCGCGGGGAACGACGGCGUUGUGGACAAACCUAAGCCUGCGGCUAUUAAAAGAGUUAUGAAAGUCGUUGGUUGCUAAUGAUUACUAUAAAACUUAUGGUGGUUGUUAGCAACUUGUGACUUUAAUUUUCAUACUGAUAUAGA